GUUCAUUCAUUCAAAUCUGCCUAAUCUCACGAUGAAGGUCUUCAUUUUGACGCUGGCUUUGAGUUGCAUCAUCCUCUGCAGUGGUCUGUUGGCUGCAUCCGGCUCCCACGCUUCGGUCAAAGCGGAGGCGCAGAUCCAGGCCCGCCUGAUGGCGAAGGAGCGGCUGCUUCCUGUCGUUGGCACGGUGAAUCAUGACCCCCACACACAAUCUCACACAGACCGUCACUUGAAUCAUUCAUCUGUUGCUUUGUGUUGUGCUGGUCUGCCAGUUGCUUCGUCUGUUCCUCACCCGCACUGGUGAGGCGCUCCCUGCACCGACACAAUGACACGUCACGACACACAGCACCAACAUCUUGUGUGGUCAUCUUGUGUAGAUCCCAGCUACGACGAUCAAGAGUACGCCAGAAAGACGCAGGCGCCGCAGCCGGUCAUCAUUCUGAAGAAGGCCGAGAUCAACCAGCCCAUCCCGACUUGGUUCAACGAGCCCUUCACCGAGAAGGCCCUUCAGCGCAUCUCUGCCAUGGAUGAGGAGGACAGCCAACACCGCCACAUCGACAGAGGCAUUGCCAAAGUCAUGUGGAAUCUGAGACAGGUGCGGUGGGUGGGUGGGGAUGAAGAGGACCCACGAUGAGAGGGGUGUGUGUGUGUGUGUCUUCCUCCGCGCACAGGAGCUUGAGGCGCCUUACCUCAGCACUCUCAUGGACCCUGAGCGAAGUGAAAGAGAGACAGAGAAACGGCAGCAUUUGCAUCACUUUCUUUUGUCAUCGUUCAGGUGGCGAGUUCGGCUCAGGCAACUUGCUGCGCACGUCUCUGAGAGGCAUCAAGGAGACCCUCGACGACAAGCUGCCCAUUGCGGCCCAGUACAUCACGGGCAAAGCACAGAUCGGCACCCCGUUCACUGACUACAUCAAGUGACAGAGAAAGACAUCACAGCAGCAGGGAGUUGACAGGAACAGCCAGCCGAAUUGAUGGCUUCUUCCCCAUUAUUCAUUUGUCAGGUCUCGUCAGACGGUUCGCUACCAGCCGCCAUUUCUGACCCACUACAACCGAGCGUAUAAGACCAUGCACCCCAACAAACAGCACUUCGCCUACCUGAGCGACAAGACGCCGCAGCUGACGCCGCACGAGGCGCGCCGCCUCGUCAAGCUGCUUGGACGCGUCAAAGAGAUGAGGAUGAUUGCAAACCGACUGUGUGUGUGUGUGUGUGUGUGUGUGUGAGAUGCGCGAAUGAAUGCGCUUCGCGUGUGUUGGUUUCAGGUGAUCAAUGAGCAGUUCACACCUACUCUCGUCGAGCGCGGCGACGUGUAUCGGCAUCGCGGCGAUGCAAAGGGCGUGCCGCCACCAUGAUUCUGACACCCGACACAUGACGGCUGGCAGACAGACGGGCAGUGUCAGUGAGAGACAAAUGACGAAAAUGACGGUUGAUAACGCAUGAACGUCCAAUGGUCACACGAGUCUAUACAGCACGCAGAAAGGUGCCUCGCCCCAAAGCAUGUUGUUGGUGUGCGUGAUGACAAACAGCGUAAAUGACGACAUGUGUG